UUUGCAUAAAUAUGGUGGAUAAUGUUUUGAUAAAAUAUUUUGUUCAUUAAUUUGCGAGAUUUUUAUUGAAAAUUAAUGUCUUGUAUCUAUCCAUAAGAAUGACUUUGUAUAAAACAUCAAUUUAAUGUAGUGGGGGAAUGGAUUCAAGAACUCAUCCAUCAAAGAGAAAAGAACCAUCAACACAAGUUCUUCAAGAAGGAGAACAGGUCUUAGAUGAAUCUACUGUUUGCAAAAGGGCACGGUUUUCGGCAUCUGUUGAUGAUGCAUUCCAAAGUGAUCAAAUUCAGAAUACACCAAGCUGUAGCAAUGUUGAACAUUAUUUGACAGAAAGGGUGAUCAAUCAUGACAGAAAUGUGGAUUCGAGUGAUAUUGAAAGUGACGAUUCUGCAGAUACAAGUGUAGAAAGUUUAAAUGGAAAUCAGGUACUCCUAUUUGCAGACAUCGACAUCAGCACCAAUUUUAAUAGGAACCCCCGCAGAAGCAUAGAAAAUGAUAUAUUUGACACACCGUCUUCUCUGCGUCAUGCUACUGGACAAAAUGCCACUGCAGUUCCCCAAAGAACUCUAAAUAGAGACAGGAAUACUUAUAAUUUACAGAAAUGGCAGAGUAAACACAUUGCGAAAUCAAUCGUUGACAAUGCCAUUAACAUGACUUUAGAAGAAAUGGGAGUGUCCCCGGAAACAGAGGCAGAGACAUUUAAAAGAGAAAAAACAGAAAUUGAGACAUUUGGAAUCUCUCAUGCUAUCCAGUCACAGGGACUUUCACCACAAACAGAGAAUCCUUUAAUCCCUUCCUCUUCCAGUGCAGGCUUUUCAAGCCUGGGAGAGGGGACAGUCUCUAGAUCUGAUAGACAGUUUUCAUCUGAUCCACAGCCAAUUGUUUUUCAAGUGAACGAAAGAGAGUCAACAUUGGAAGAUUCGGCUCUUCAAAAUGCUGAUCAGAGCAGUCUUAUUAAUCAGGCCGUUACUAUGGCAAUUUGCUCACAAGGUCUCGUAAUGAAAAACAGUUAGGGAAAAUUUUCUUCUUUUUAUUGGCUUGUUGUUGUUUUCUUUCAAUAUUUUUUUUAUAUCUUAUAAGUAAGAAAAUUUGUUUUGAUAUUCAUUUGUUUAAUUUUUUUCCUGCCAACAAAAUGCAAUUUACAUAAAACAUAUUUGAUCAAAAUCAAAACAAAACAAAUAAAAAGAAUAAAUUAUUGUCUUACAUUUAAUUGGGAAAAAAUAAAUUAGUAUCUUUCUGCAUGUUCUAGAAACAGGAAGGAUACAUGCAAUUUUCUUUUAAAUGGCUGUUGUACAGCUAAUAACUUUAAAAAACAAUCAAGUACCACAAAACACACUUUAUGUUUGUACUUGCAUGUAUUUAUUAUACAAUUAAAAUGAACACCAAAACAUUUUGUCUAAUGACAUGAUGUUUUAAAGUUGUAACAAUGGAUUAAAUCCACCAUUCUUUGAUGAAUGAAACUGUUUCUGUA